AUGUUAUCAACAUUUUUUUUUUCCUUUUAUUCAGUCGUAUUAUUUUCUUUUAUUAAUUCUUAUCUAUUUGUUAACCUUCUCCCUCUCUUUCCUUUUCAUCUUUCAUUCCAUGUUUUGUUUUUUUUUCUUCAGUUUUUUUCACUUUUAAUUUACCCCUUUCUCUUUCUCUUGUUUCGUUUCUUUUUUUUUUCUUUCAAGCUUUCCAUUCUCGUUCUCAUUCUUUCUUUGUCCAACUCUUUAUUGCUUUCCUUUUCCGAUGUUCGUCCUUUACUUAAUUCCUCUUCAUUCUUUCUUUCUUUCUUUCUUUAUUUAUUUAUUUAUUUCUUCAAGCCUAUUUUUUCCUUUCUGGAUAAUCUUCCUGUAUUUCUUAAUUUUUUUCUUUCUUUCUUUCUUUCUUUCUUUCUUUCUUUCUUUCUUUCAUUGUCCAACUCUUCCCUUUUCGAAAAUUCUUUUUUCUUUCUUUCUUUCUUUCUUUCUUUCUUUCUUUUCUUUCUUUCUUCAAUCUUUUGUUUUCCUUUCUAG